CGAUCGCAGACAUUGUGCUAAACGGUUCAUCGCAUUAGCUCGGCGCUUUGAGUGAGGUGUCUUGGAAUUGAAAUUGGAAUCGGUCGCUGGAGCUUGUAACUGUGUCAAGCCAAUUUUCGAAGUGUGCGGAAAAGGGCGUCAACUGAGGCGAAGCAAAACAUCAAUCAUUUGAUUCAAUUACAGCAGAAACAAACAACUUGUCGUGUGAACGAACCUUGAGAUUUGCUUACUUGUUGUCAAUUCGGAGGCUCGACAUAUAUCUGCUAUCUGCGCACUUAAAAAAUAAAAAUAAGUCAUGGACAGCGUCAGGUCGUUUUUUGCCAAUGCAAACAAAGAAAACAAUCUCGGAAAUCAGCAAAAUGGCGCAAGUGGCCGUUGGGCCACCUGGAAUAGGAACAUGCAAUCGCCUGCGUGUCCGGGUUCGGUGAACGCCUCAAUGAGGGAUGUUAACCGUGGCGAUGUCAAGCCCAAGGACAAAGAUAAUUACUUUUACAUCAUGUGGCGGGCUUGAAGUUAAAACCCCGAAAAUCUGGCAUAUCAUUUAGAAAUUAAGUGUAAAGUGAACUAUAUAAUUAGAAAUAUCGGUGCUGUAAUAGGUGUAUUUUAUACUAUUACACAAUCUCCAAUACCCGGUAUUUAGUGAUAUUAGUUAUUUAAUUUUUUAAUUGUGAAAGUUGUUAUUAUACAAAACCCAUUGAUUAUUUGUCUGAUCGAGACUGGCAUUCAUCCAUAAAGCUCAAACACUUAUUUUAUAUACUAUUAUAUAUGGACGCGAUAACAGUUUUCGAGUUGAUUUACUGGCUGAUCUGCAUGAUUCUAUUUGGACCAUUGAUGUUCUUUGUCUGCGUUUAUCUACCCGAGCUGCCAGUGCGAUAUGUGAAGAGCUUGAGACAGCAAACAUAGGUCUUUUUACACCCUACUUAAUUGUUUAUACAUACAUACAUAGACUAUAUAUAUACAUAUAUAUAUAUAUUGAAAAUACUUAUAUUUAUACUGAUGUACUCGUAUAAUCAAUAUAACAUCAAGCUCUACGUUACAAUAAAAUCAUUGAUGUGGAA